AUGAAGCUCACACACCCCAAAGGCAAACCAUUACUGUCCGACUCCUCAAAUCAUGACGGUCGCGACCUCGAGUCCCAGUCCUACCAUACCUUCCGAUCCUCGUCACCGGAUGCCCGCUCCUCCUCUAGCACGGGCAGUUCCCGAUCGCGCAUCAACCCGCGCAUCGUGUCCGAUGCCAUCCUCGGUCUAUCCGAUGGGUUGACCGUGCCGUUUGCUCUGAGCGCCGGUCUCUCUGCACUGGGAGAUACCAAGGUAGUCGUGCUCGGUGGACUGGCCGAGUUGGCGGCGGGAGCCAUUUCCAUGGGGCUGGGGGGAUUUGUUGGGGCGAAGAGCGAAGCUGAAUCCUAUCAAACCACCGUACGGGAAACCACCGAUCUAAUCGAAACCUCCCCCUCCGAAAUCUCAUCCAUCGUACAUUCGAUCUUUUCCGUCUAUGAUAUCCCGGAGGACGCCAUCGCGCAGAUCGACUCCUCGCUGCACAAUUCUCCCGACCGACUACGAGACUUCCUCAUCCGCUUCCACCAUCAGGAAUCUGCCCCAGAUUGUAACCAGGCUUGGAUCUCCGCUAUCACCCUGGCCCUAGGUUACUUCGUGGGCGGGUUCAUUCCGCUGAUCCCAUACUUCAUCGCAGAGAAGGUCAUCGACGCGCUGUAUUCUAGCGUCGCUGUCAUGGGUGUCACCCUGUUCGUCUUCGGGUAUAUCAAGACCGGGGUGGUGCGUGGAUGGUUCGGGAGGGACAAUGUCGUCGCCAGUCUCAGGGGAGGUAUACAGAUGUGUUUUGUUGGUGGUGUGGCUGCUGGGGCGGCUAUUGGUCUUGUCCGGUUGAUUGGGAAUUAA